AUACACCAAUUUUUAAAAAAAAAAUAUCAUAGCUUUAAACAAAAACUAGUAUAUUGUUAUAGGGAUGGAUGAUAUAAGUACUGAAGCUAGUCUUGAUCUUUUUCCAAUUGGCCCUACAGGCAUUCUCGGCCGAACUAUCGCUUUCAGGGUCCUUUUCUGUAAAUCUAUUUCACAUUUAAGGUAUCAAUUGUUUAUAGGAUUUUUAGAUGUGUUUCAUAGGUUUAGGAAAUUUUGGGGACCAAUUAUAUCAUGGUUACAUCCUAGAAACCCUCAAGGGAUAUUAGCAUUGAUGACAAUUCUUGCAUUUUUGUUGAAACGUUAUAGUAAUGUUAAGGUAAGGGCUGAGUUAGCAUAUAGGAGAAAAUUUUGGAGAAAUAUGAUGAGAACGGCGUUGACUUAUGAGGAAUGGGCUCAUGCAUCUAAGAUGCUCGAUAAAGAGACACCGAAGAUGAAUGAAUCGAAUUUUUAUGAUGUUGAGUUGGUUAGGAAUAAGCUUGAAGAAUUACGACAUCGUAGACAAGAGGGGUGUCUUAGAGAUAUUAUUUUUUGUAUGAGAGCUGAUCUUGUUAGAAAUUUAGGUAAUAUGUGUAAUCCUGAGCUUCAUAAAGGUAGGCUUCAUGUUCCGAGACAAAUUAAGGAGUAUAUUGAUGAGGUUUCUACUCAGUUGAAAAUGGUUUGUCAUUCUGAUUCGGAGGAGCUUUCUUUGGAAGAAAAGCUUGCUUUCAUGCAUGAAACUAGACAUGCGUUUGGGAGGACGGCUUUGUUGUUAAGUGGGGGUGCUUCCCUUGGAGCUUUUCAUGUCGGUGUAGUUAAAACACUUGUAGAACAUAGACUCAUGCCUAGGAUAAUUUCUGGUUCGAGUGUAGGAUCCAUUAUGUGUUCUGUUGUUGCCACUAGGUCUUGGCCUGAGCUUCAAAGCUUUUUUGAGGAUUCAUUGCACUCGUUACAGUUUUUUGAUCAAACGGGUGGGAUUUUUACGUUCGUGAAGAGGGUCACAACGUUUGGUGCAGUUCAUGAGAUCAGACAGUUGCAGAUUAUGUUGAGGCAUUUAACAAGCAAUCUUACGUUUCAAGAAGCUUACGACAUGACAGGCCGAGUUCUUGGGAUUACAGUUUGCUCCCCAAGAAAACAUGAACCGCCUAGAUGUCUUAAUUACUUGACUUCACCCCAUGUUGUUAUAUGGAGUGCAGUCACAGCUUCUUGCGCUUUUCCUGGCCUUUUUGAGGCUCAGGAAUUGAUGGCAAAAGAUAGAAGUGGAGAGAUUGUUCCUUACCAUCCUCCAUUUAAUUUGGGUCCUGAAGAGGGUUCCUCACAAGUGCGCCGUUGGAGAGAUGGUAGCUUGGAGAUUGAUCUACCUAUGAUGCAGUUGAAAGAGUUGUUCAAUGUCAAUCAUUUUAUUGUUAGUCAGGCCAAUCCUCAUAUUGCACCAUUAUUGCGAUUGAAAGAAUUUGUACGAGCUUUUGGGGGUAAUUUUGCGGCCAAGCUUGCUCAUCUAGUAGAGAUGGAAGUGAAACAUCGAUGCAAUCAAAUAUUGGAACUCGGUUUUCCAUUAGGCGGGCUUGCCAAGCUGUUUGCUCAAGACUGGGAGGGUGAUGUAACAGUUGUUAUGCCUGCUACUCUAGCUCAGUACUCGAAAAUUAUCCAGAACCCUUCUUAUGUGGAGCUUCAAAAGGCCGCUAACCAAGGGAGAAGAUGCACUUGGGAGAAGCUUUCAGCCAUUAAAGCUAAUUGUGGAAUUGAGCUUGCUCUCGAUGAGUCUGUUGCUUUUCUCAAUCAAAUGAAAAGAUUCAAAAGAAGUGCCGAGAGAGCUGCUUCUGUUUCUCAUAGUCUUCCGCCCAGUACUGUAAAAUUCAGUGCUUCAAAAAGAAUUCCAUCAUGGAAUGUCAUUGCGCGCGAGAAUUCUACAGGAUCUCUUGAAGACUUUCUUACAGACACUACUGCUCAAUUUAAUCAUGGAGUUGGUAGUUCCAGUGGAGCUACUGGUAAAAAUUCUAAGUACCACCGCAACAUGCAUGAUGUAAGUGACAGUGAAUCCGAAAGUGCUGACUUGAAUACUUGGACUAAAUCUGGUGGUCCUUUGAUGAGAACAACUUCGGCAGAUAUGUUCAUUGACUUUUUCCAAAACUUAGAAGUUGGUACUGAACUAAAUAGAGGAACGGGAACUGGAACUAAUUUUAGCCCUCGUGAUUUUCAGUUCCACAGUCCCAGAUUCCCAACAUCGGAUAGAUGCUCCGAGAACUCAGAAUCUGAUCAGAGAGAAAAUGGCAACAGGGUUGUCAUGAAUGGAUCAAGCAUAAUGGUAACAGAAGGUGAUCUAUUGCAACCCGAAAGAAUCGUUAAUGGAUUUGUGUUUAAUGUUGUCAAGAAAGAAGACUUGACACCUUCAAGUAGGAGUCAUGAUUAUGAUAGUUAUAACAAUGAUGUUGCUGAGUGUGUCCAAAUUGAAUGUCCAGGGAAGGAGAUGGAUGAUGCUGCUAGCACAACUUCACAAAAUGGAGACGACGAAUCUUCAACAUCUAGGACCCUAACUGAAAAACCAGAUUCUAAUCCCACUGAUAAUUCCAUAACAGAUUUGGGUAAGGAUAAGAGCUUUCUUGACAGUUAUAGCUCCAAUGAUAAAAAUACUUUACCUCGGCCAAAUUAAUAAUUUGGUGUUUUAGUUGUCUAGAAUGUUAAUAGCAUGAAAUAAAAUCUUGCCAUGGUUCUCUAUAUUCAUUU